UUUCUUUUAUUUCCAGUUUGUUUAUGAAUUUAUUACCAGUUGCCAUCAGUAUCUUGUCUAGCCUCUUAGACAGGCAGACCCUCCUUUUUUCUGAUUUUUGUUUUUUUUCCUAACCAUCCACUGCCGCUUUUCUUAAACUAGGCGAGCAAAAUAAAGAUGGAGCAUAAAGAUGACAUCCCAUCACGCUCUUCAGGCAUUCGACGAACACGUUCCGAGGAAUCUGCACACUGGGUUGCACAGCAUCUGCUCAUUCUUGUCAAUGAGAUUGCUGCUAUUGAGGCCGAUUGUUCAAAUGCUUAGUCUUCCUUUCAGAAAUGGAAAAUUAUAGUGGAAAAUUGCAAUGCUUUGGGUGUGCCACACUCUUCAAAUCAGUGCCGCAGGAAGUGGAGCUUGUUGCUUCAGGACUACACCAAGAUCAAGCGUUGGGAGUCACAGUCAGCACUAUGUGAUUCGUACUGGUCUUUGGGUGGUCAAAGGAGAAAAGAAUACGAACUUCUAGAAAAUUUUGACCAAGAUCUGUUUAAAGCCAUCAAUGAUGUUGUUAGAUUGCUGGAGGAGAAAUCAGGUACUGACCGAGACAGUGAUCCAGAAGCCCAGGAUGAUAUGGUUGAAAUAACUGCAGAGCUAGGUAUGUGUAGAAGAAAAGGAGCAGAUUAUGGUGGCAAGACUUGUGAGAAGGCAGAGCAGAUCCAUGCCGUAGUUGAGGAAAAUUUUACAGAGAAUGCUGACCAUUCAGCUGCUGAUGUGAAGAAUGUUGAGGAGUUCCGGACAGAUUUUAUAAGACGUCAAGGGGACAAGCUUGUUGCAUGCUUGGGAGACAUUUUAAGCACUCUCAAUCAGUUUUCAGAACUUGUCCAGGAAUGUGAAUGAUUGGCCCUAAAGAGAUAUAUUUGUAAACUUCCUUUCUAUUGAGGGUGCAAUUUCAAGCAUAUGGUUUAUCAUUGA